UAAUCAUGUCUGAGGAAGCACCUCCAUCGAGACGAGGUGACCCCGCUGUUGACAUCAAGGGAGCUGCGUUUCUGCCCUACAUGAUCAUGGAAGAUAUUGUGGAGAAGUUGAAACUGUUGAACUACGAGGAGGAAUUUGUCGCACGACAUGGACAAAGACCCAUUUCAAGGACCUACUUUGCUGUUCCAGGUAGUGCUGGAGAACAGUUCUUUGUUUUCAGCAACUUACUGUCUUGGUUAUUGGAAUUAAACGGUAAAAGAUUCGAAGCCCCCCUUGAAGAUGACGACCCUAAUGCAGUGGUAUCAAGUAUCAUGUCUGAAGUAAAAUCGCUGGGCCUAAACACCGACUUUCCUCCCUCUAGAUUAAAAGCCGGGUGUGGCGACGAGGUUUGCUACAUCUUGAAUCAGCUGGCAAGCAAAGCACUGGAGAUGAGGCAGUUCUCUUGGGAAAGGCCUGAAUACACUGAGGAGGAAGCAAACGAAGAAUCGAUAGAGGACGACCCUAUGGACGAACAAAUAGAAGAUGAAAACAUAGAUGAGGAUUAUGAAGAUGAAAUAAUGCUCGAUAUCGGGGAAGUAAAUACUUCAUCACAAGACGCAAUCGAGGUCCAGAAGCAGGAGGACCUGUUAGAAUCGAGUACAGACGCCUUAGAGUGGAAAAUGGAGGUGGAGAGAGUUAUGCCAUCCCUUAAAGUGCACCUCCGUAGUGAUAAGGACUCAGCCUCGCAGGACUGGAGAACACAUUUAGAUCAGAUGUUGGAGAACAGGAAGAACAUGAGCACAUCUCUAACCGCCAGCAAGACACAUCUGGACCAGAUGCAUCAGGAGAUAACACGGACUUUAGAAAAGAUAACAAGCAGGGAGAAGUAUAUAAACAGUCAGAUGGAGGGACCAAUAGCCGAGUACAGACGACUAAAGGAUCGAUUAGCAGAAAUAGAAGAGAAAUAUCGCAGUGCCGGAUCUACCGUAACGGAUCAGUCUCGGACCCUCGCUCAGAUCACUGAAGAGUUGGAAGGUAUAAAAGCUCAGAUGGACGAAAAAGGAACAACUAUGACUGACUCCGGACCGCUGGUCAAGAUUAAACAAGCUAUCACUAAAGUCAAGAACGAGCUUAUCCAGAUGGAACUUCGCAUAGGGGUGCUACAGCACGUUGUUAUAACAGCUAAAGUAAACGAUAAAACUGCCAUGACACGUGACAUGAAUUCCGAAGAUCACUUCAGCGACCUCAAGACCUCCUUUUAAGCUUUUAGAGCUUGUAACUCAGAUUCUUGUCGAACAGGCCUGUUUUAAGCUGGUGAAAAUGCCCUACGUCAAUUUUGAAUUUUCUGUUCCAGAUUAAUUUGUGUGUUAGUUAGUCAACUGGACUCGCUUUGAAAGUGACAGUUGUAAGUCGUAUUGACGAGGACAACUCGGCUUAAUAGUUAAUUAUCUGAUUAGUUAAUUAUCUGAUUAAUAUUUUUACCGUUGAAGGGUGAAGGCUCGAUGUUAAGUUAUGGCCUGACAUCUACUGUAAAUAGUUUGUUAUCUGUAUCAUAUUAUAUAUUUGUUUUUCAGCUUCUUGAACCACUAAA